AUGGAAGGAGCAGCGGCAGCAGUAGUGACAGUGACUCUGAGGGAAGGGGUCAUGAGGCGAAAGAAUACAAAAGGCAAGGCAAGCAGCGGUAGGAGCUUGAAGAAGCCAAGGGGGAAGAGGAAGAAGAGGAGGAGAGAGGAAGGGGAUGAUUCCAACACAUCAGAUGAUGAUAGCAGCGAAGAAGGGAGGAGUGGCAGUGACAACAGAAGCAGCAGCAGCAGCAGCAGCAGCAGCAGCAGUAGUAGUAGUAGUGGUAGUGAUGAUAAUAGCGAGAGCAGUGACACUGUAAGCAAUAGUGAUAGUAGUGGAGAGAGUGAUAGCGAGGAUAGCGGGAAGAAGCGGAGGAAGCAGACCAAAAAGAGGAACCGGAAAGGCAGGAGGAAAAAGCCAGAGAAAGGGAGGAAGGAGGAGCGGAGGAAGAGGGGAAAGGACAGAAAGAAAGACAGGCACAAAAAGAGGAAGAGGCGCCAAGGCAGCAGGAAGGAAACGGGGAACGAUGGGAGUCAAGGAGGGCUGGGAGGGAAGCUGCCUAACAAUGCGGGGCCGCCUGGGAAUGAGAUGCUGGCGAAUGGAGCGAAUGGAGCAGCAGGGGCGGAUGAUGACGGGCGCAAUGACCUCAAGAAAUCCUUUGGUGACAUGCAUGCACGCAUGAUGGAGCAGGUGGAGCAGAAGGAGGUGCUUCGGCAACGGGCUCAGCAUGCAAAGGAGCAAUUGCGGUCAGGCGAGUGGAGGAAAGCGCAGGACGAGCAGGCCAACAUGCAACGCUUCUUUGGCUCUGUUGACUGGAGGUGGGUGGUGGAUUGA